AUGGGCUACCUAAGGAAAUGCCAACUGCCUACAGUGCCUGAGCACCUUCUUGAGAAGCCUAGCAAAGGAGACGAGGUAUGUGCUAGGCAAGAAGCAAACACAAGAGAAGCGAACCUCCCGGCCGAGGGCCGAGCGGCGGCUCCCCCGCGGCCGCCGCCAGGAGGCUCCACACGGCCGCGGCCCGAGCGGCACGGGCACGGCGCGGAGCUGCGCACCGCCCCGGCUCCGCUCCCCAGCCCGGCCGGACGGACGAGACCACCGGCCGUCCGCAGCCGGGAGAACGCCAAAAGCCCCCGGCCUCGGUGCCCUCCCGGCGGAGAGAAGCCGGGAUGGGCGCACGGGAAAACGGGGACGCCGCCGCCGCUCUCCACCGCUCAGACCGCGGGGGACCACCCCACCCCGGACACGGGCGGCGCGCCCGGUGCCCGCAGCUCCCCGCACAGCGAACUCACCCGGACCGCAGCCGCCCAGCCCGCGCCCCGCCGCCUCCGCGGAGCCCUUUGUUGUCAGGGCCCGGCGCAGCUGACGGACCGGCCGCCGGCCACGCCCCCCCCGCCCCUCCGCCAAUGGGCGCCGCCGCCGCCUGUCGCUAACGCACGUGACGGGCGGGCGGGGAGCGGAGGGGGCGGGGCGGAGCCGCCGGGCCCCGCCCCUCGGCCCGCCCCGCGGGUUGUGGCGGGUGGGGCGGGCAGGAGCGGGCCGUGA